UGGAACACAAUGAUUCCAAUGGAGCGUAUUCUCGUAGUUUUAGUUGUUUCCCUUCCGUUUAUUUAUGGAGAUGAGUGCAUAUCGUAUAAUUUCGAAGAAGAUUUCGAAGUGUUUGACCCCACCUUGGGAAAUGUUUGCUCAGUAACAAAUAAUAAUUGGAUAUUAAUACCUUAUAGUUCCGUGUCUAUACCACGUCCUGAUCCUAGAAGCGAAUUAUAUAUAACAUCGAUCGCACCUAGCAGCUGUGUGUCAUCGUUUUUCUUUGAUGUUGAAAAUGGUGGUGUAGUCGAAGUUUCCGUUUACAUGAUUUUCAAUGACUUCCUGACUAUUGGAAUAUAUAACGAAGCGAACCAACUAGUAGUCAGUUGGACAAGUUUUGAUAAUGCGAUAAAUGUGAAUUCAUGGGAGACUAUAAGACUUACCCUGAAUACACAAGUAGUGGGAACAUUUCGUGGUUAUUUAUCGAUAUUCGCGACAGUGACAGUAAGCGAAACAAUUUUCAUUGAUGCCUUUCGAUAUAUUCCUCCAAGUCUUGAUGAAAAUGAUAUAGAAUGUCCAAUUUAUGAGGAUGACGUUCAAACGACAGAAGCUGUUACUGAUGAGAGCACUACAGAAGCUGUGACUGACGAAAGCACAACAGAAGCUGUAACUGAUGAAAGCACUACAGAAGCUGUCACUGACGAAAGCACAACAGAAGCUGUGACUGAUGAGAGCACUACAGAAGCUGUCACAGAAGAGAGCACCACAGAAGCUGUGACUGAUGAGAGCACUACAGAAGCUGUUACUGACGAGAGCACUACAGAAGCUGUGACUGAUGAGAGCACUACAGAAGCUGUCACUGAUGAGAGCACUACAGAAGCUGUGACUGAUGAGAGCACUACAGAAGCUGUGACUGAUGAGAGCACUACAGAAGCUGUCACUGAUGAGAGCACUACAGAAGCUGUGACUGAUGAGAGCACUACAGAAGCUGUGACUGAUGAGAGCACUACAGAAGCUGUUACUGACGAAAGCACAACAGAAGCUGUAACUGAUGAGAGCACUACAGAAACUGUUACUGACGAAAGCACAACAGAAGCUGUAACUGAUGAAAGCACAACAGAAGCAGUUACUGAUGAGAGCACUACAGAAGCUGUCACUGAAGAGAGCACCACAGAAGCUGUGACUGAGGACAGCACUACAGAAGCUGUUACUGAUGAGAGCACUACAGAAGCUGUUACUGAUGUGAGCACUACAGAAGCUGUCACUGAAGAGAGCACCACAGAAGCUGUGACUGAGGAGAGCACUACAGAAGCUGUGACUGAUGAGAGCAGUACAGAAGCUGUCACUGAUGAGAGCACUACAGAAGCUGUGACUGAUGAGAGCACUACAGAAGCUGUCACUGAAGAGAGCACUACAGAAGCAGUGACUGACGAGAGCACUACAGAAGCAGUUACUGAUAAGGGCACUACAGAAGCUGUGACUGAUGAAAGCACUACAGAAGCUGUCACUGAAGAGAGCACCACUGAAUCUGUGACUGAUGAGAGCACUACAGAAGCUGUCACUGAAGAGAGCACCACAGAAGCUGUGACUGAGGAGAGCACUACAGAAGCUGUUACUGAUGAGAGCACUACAGAUGCUGUGACUGACGAAAGCACAACAGAAGCUGUAACUGAUGAGAGCACUACAGAAGCAGUGACUGAUGAGAGCACUACAGAAGCAGUUACUGAUGAGAGCACUACAGAAGCUGUUACUGACGAAAACACAACAGAAGCUGUAACUGAUGAGAGCACUACAGAAACUGUUACUGACGAAAGCACAACAGAAGCUGUAACUGAUGAAAGCACAACAGAAGCAGUUACUGAUGAGAGCACUACAGAAGCUGUCACUGAAGAGAGCACCACAGAAGCUGUGACUGAGGAGAGCACUACAGAAGCUGUUACUGAUGAGAGCACUACAGAAGCUGUUACUGAUAUGAGCACUACAGAAGCUGUCACUGAAGAGAGCACCACAGAAGCUGUGACUGAGGAGAGCACUACAGAAGCUGUGCCUGAUGAGAGCAGUACAGAAGCUGUCACUGAUGAGAGCACUACAGAAGCUGUGACUGAUGAGAGCACUACAGAAGCUGUCACUGACGAAAGCACAACAGAAGCAGUUACUGAUGAAAGCACAACAGAAGCAGUUACUGAUGAAAGCACAACAGAAGCAGUUACUGAUGAAAGCACAACAGAAGCAGUUACUGAUGAGAGCCCUACAGAAGCUGUGACUGACGAAAGCACAACAGAAGCUGUGACUGAUGAGAGCACUACAGAAGCAGUUACUGAUGAGAGCACAACAGAAGCUGUGACUGAAGAAAGCACUACAGAAGCUGUCACUGAAGAGAACACCACAGAAGCUGUUACUGACGAAAGCACAACAGAAGCUGUGACUGAUGAGAGCACUACAGAAGCUGUCACUGAAGAGAGCACCACAGAAGCUGUGACUGAGGAGAGCACUACAGAAGCUGUGACUGAUGAGAGCACUACAGAAGCUGUUACUGAUGAGAGCACAACAGAAGCAGUUACUGAUGAGAGCACUACAGAAGCUGUGACUGAUGAAACCACAACAGAAGCUGUGACUGAUGAGAGCACUACAGAAGCAGUUACUGAUGAGAGAACUACAGAAGCAGUUACUGAUGAGAUUACUACAGAAGCAGUUACUGAUGAGAGCACUACAGAAGCAGUUACUGAUGAGAGCACUACAGAAGCUGUUACUGAUGAGAGCACUACAGAAGCUGUGACAGACGAAAGCACAACAGAAGCUGUAACUGAUGAGAGAACAACAGAAGCAGUUACUGAUGAAACCACAACAGAAGCAGUUACUGAUGAAAGCACAACAGAAGCAGUUACUGAUGAGAGCACUACAGAAGCUGUGACUGACGAAAGCACAACAGAAGCUGUGACUGAUGAGAGCACUACAGAAGCAGUUACUGAUGAAAGCACUACAGAAGCUGUGACUGAUGAAAGCACUACAGAAGCUGUCACGGAAGAGAACACCACAGAAGCUGUUACUGACGAAAGCACAACAGAAGCUGUGACUGAUGAGAGCACCACAGAAGCUGUGACUGAGGAGAGCACUACAGAAGCUGUUACUGAUGAGAGCACUACAGAAGCUGUGACUGAUGAGAGCACUACAGAAGCAGUUACUGAUGAAAGCACUACAGAAGCUGUGACUGACGAAAGCACAACAGAAGCUGUAACUGAUGAAAGCACAACAGAAGCAGUUACUGAUGAAAGCACAACAGAAGCAGUUACUGAUGAAAGCACAACAGAAGCAACUGAUGAGAGCACUACAGAAGCUGUCACUGAUGAGAGCACUACAGAAGCAGUGACUGAUGAGAGCACAACAGAAGCAGUUACUGAUGAGAGCCCUACAGAAGCUGUGACUGACGAAAGCACAACAGAAGCUGUGACUGAUGAGAGCACUACAGAAGCAGUUACUGAUGAGAGCACUACAGAAGCUGUGACUGAAGAAAGCACUACAGAAGCUGUCACUGAAGAGAACACCACAGAAGCUGUUACUGACGAAAGCACAACAGAAGCUAUGACUGAUGAGAGCACUACAGAAGCUGUCACUGAAGAGAGCACCACAGAAGCUGUGACUGAGGAGAGCACUACAGAAGCUGUGACUGAUGAGAGCACUACAGAAGCUGUUACUGAUGAGAGCACAACAGAAGCAGUUACUGAUGAGAGCACUACAGAAGCUGUGACUGAUGAAACCACAACAGAAGCUGUGACUGAUGAGAGCACUACAGAAGCAGUUACUGAUGAGAGAACUACAGAAGCAGUUACUGAUGAGAUUACUACAGAAGCAGUUACUGAUGAGAGCACUACAGAAGCUGUUACUGAUGAGAGCACUACAGAAGCUGUGACAGACGAAAGCACAACAGAAGCUGUAACUGAUGAGAGCACUACAGAAGCAGUGACUGAUGAGAGCACUACAGAAGCAGUUACUGAUGAUAGCACUACAGAAGCUGUGACUGACGAAAGCACAACAGAAGCUGUAACUGAUGAAAGCACAACAGAAGCAGUUACUGAUGAAAGCACAACAGAAGCAGUUACUGAUGAAAGCACAACAGAAGCAGUUACUGAUGAGAGCACUACAGAAGCUGUGACUGACGAAAGCACAACAGAAGCUGUGACUGAUGAGAGCACCACAGAAGCUGUGACUGAGGAGAGCACUACAGAAGCUGUUACUGAUGAGAGCACUACAGAAGCAGUGACUGAUGAGAGCACUACAGAAGCAGUUACUGAUGAGAGUACAACAGAAGCAGUUACUGAUGAAAGCACAACAGAAGCAGAUACUGAUGAGAGUACUACAGAAGCUGUGACUGACGAAAGCACAACAGAAGCUGUGACUGAUGAGAGCACUACAGAAGCAGUUACUGAUGAGAGCACUACAGAAGCUGUGACUGAUGAAAGCACUACAGAAGCUGUCACUGAAGAGAACACCACAGAAGCUGUUACUGACGAAAGCACAACAGAAGCUGUGACUGAUGAGAGCACCACAGAAGCUGUGACUGAGGAGAGCACUACAGAAGCUGUUACUGAUGAGAGCACUACAGAAGCUGUGACUGACGAAAGCACAACAGAAGCUGUAACUGAUGAGAGCACUACAGAAGCAGUGACUGAUGAGAGCACUACAGAAGCAGUUACUGAUGAAAGCACAACAGAAGCAGUUACUGAUGAAAGCACAACAGAAGCAGUUACUGAUGAAAGCACAACAGAAGCAGUUACUGAUGAGAGCCCUACAGAAGCUGUGACUGACGAAAGCACAACAGAAGCUGUGACUGAUGAGAGCACUACAGAAGCUGUGACUGAAGAAAGCACUACAGAAGCUGUCACUGAAGAGAACACCACAGAAGCUGUUACUGACGAAAGCACAACAGAAGCUGUGACUGAUGAGAGCACUACAGAAGCUGUCACUGAAGAGAGCACCACAGAAGCUGUGACUGAGGAGAGCACUACAGAAGCUGUGACUGAUGAGAGCACUACAGAAGCUGUUACUGAUGAGAGCACAACAGAAGCAGUUACUGAUGAGAGCACUACAGAAGCUGUGACUGAUGAUACCACAACAGAAGCUGUGACUGAUGAGAGCACUACAGAAGCAGUUACUGAUGAGAGAACUACAGAAGCAGUUACUGAUGAGAUUACUACAGAAGCAGUUACUGAUGAGAGCACUACAGAAGCUGUUACUGAUGAGAGCACUACAGAAGCUGUGACAGACGAAAGCACAACAGAAGCUGUAACUGAUGAGAGCACUACAGAAGCAGUGACUGAUGAGAGCACUACAGAAGCAGUUACUGAUGAAAGCACUACAGAAGCUGUGACUGACGAAAGUACAACAGAAGCUGUAACUGAUGAGAGCACUACAGAAGCUGUUACUGAUGAGAGCACUACAGAAUCUGUGACAGACGAAAGCACAACAGAAGCUGUAACUGAUGAGAGCACUACAGAAGCAGUGACUGAUGAGAGCACUACAGAAGCAGUUACUGAUGAAAGCACUACAGAAGCUGUGACUGACGAAAGCACAACAGAAGCUGUAACUGAUAAAAGCACAACAGAAGCAGUUACUGAUGAAAGCACAACAGAAGCAGUUACUGAUGAAAGCACCACAGAAGCAGUUACUGAUGAGAGCACUACAGAAGCUGUGACUGACGAAAGCACAACAGAAGCUGUGACUGAUGAGAGCACUACAGAAGCAGUUACUGAUGAGAGCACUACAGAAGCUGUGACUGAUGAAAGCACUACAGAAGCUGUCACUGAAGAGAACACCACAGAAGCUGUUACUGACGAAAGCACAACAGAAGCUGUGACUGAUGAGAGCACUACAGAAGCUGUUACUGAUGAGAGCACUACAGAAGCAGUGACUGAUGAGAGCACUACAGAAGCAGUUACUGAUGAAAGCACUACAGAAGCUGUGACUGACGAAAGCACAACAAAAGCAGUUACUGAUGAAAGCACAACAGAAGCAGUUACUGAUGAAAGCACAACAGAAGCAGUUACUGAUGAGAGCACUACAGAAGCAGUUACUGAUGAGAUUACUACAGAAGCAGUUACUGAUGAGAGCACUACAGAAGCUGUUACUGAUGAGAGCACUACAGAAGCUGUGACAGACGAAAGCACAACAGAAGCUGUAACUGAUGAGAGCACUACAGAAGCAGUGACUGAUGAGAGCACUACAGAAGCAGUUACUGAUGAAAGCACUACAGAAGCUGUGACUGACGAAAGCACAACAGAAGCUGUAACUGAUGAGAGCACUACAGAAGCUGUUACUGAUGAGAGCACUACAGAAUCUGUGACAGACGAAAGCACAACAGAAGCUGUAACUGAUGAGAGCACUACAGAAGCAGUGACUGAUGAGAGCACUACAGAAGCAGUUACUGAUGAAAGCACUACAGAAGCUGUGACUGACGAAAGCACAACAGAAGCUGUAACUGAUGAAAGCACAACAGAAGCAGUUACUGAUGAAAGCACAACAGAAGCAGUUACUGAUGAAAGCACCACAGAAGCAGUUACUGAUGAGAGCACUACAGAAGCUGUGACUGACGAAAGCACAACAGAAGCUGUGACUGAUGAGAGCACUACAGAAGCAGUUACUGAUGAGAGCACUACAGAAGCUGUGAGUGAUGAAAGCACUACAGAAGCUGUCACUGAAGAGAACACCACAGAAGCUGUGACUGACGAAAGCACAACAGAAGCUGUAACUGUUGAGAGCACUACAGAAGCAGUGACUGAUGAGAGCACUACAGAAGCAGUGACUGAUGAGAGCACUACAGAAGCAGUUACUGAUGAAAGCACUACAGAAGCUGUGACUGACGAAAGCACAACAGAAGCAGUUACUGAUGAAAGCACAACAGAAGCAGUUACUGAUGAAAGCACAACAGAAGCAGUUACUGAUGAGAGCACUACAGAAGCUGUGACUGACGAAAGCACAACAGAAGCUGUGACUGAUGAGAGCACUACAGAAGCAGUUACUGAUGAGAGCACUACAGAAGCUGUGACUGAUGAAAGCACUACAGAAGCUGUCAUUGAAGAGAACACCACAGAAGCUGUUACUGACGAAAGCACAACAGAAGCUGUUACUGAUGAAAGCACAACAGAAGCAGUUACUGAUGAAAGCACAACAGAAGCAGUUACUGAUGAAAGCACCACAGAAGCAGUUACUGAUGAGAGCACUACAGAAGCUGUGACUGACGAAAGCACAACAGAAGCUGUGACUGAUGAGAGCACUACAGAAGCAGUUACUGAUGAGAGCACUACAGAAGCUGUGACUGAUGAAAGCACUACAGAAGCUGUCACUGAAGAGAACACCACAGAAGCUGUUACUGACGAAAGCACAACAGAAGCUGUGACUGAUGAGAGCACUACAGAAGCUGUUACUGAUGAGAGCACUACAGAAGCAGUGACUGAAGAGAGCACUACAGAAGCAGUUACUGAUGAAAGCACUACAGAAGCUGUGACUGACGAAAGCACAACAGAAGCAGUUACUGAUGAAAGCACAACAGAAGCAGUUACUGAUGAAAGCACAACAGAAGCAGUUACUGAUGAGAGCACUACAGAAGCUGUGACUGAUGAAAGCACUACAGAAGCUGUCACUGAAGAGAACACCACAGAAGCUGUUACUGACGAAAGCACAACAGAAGCUGUGACUGAUGAGAGCACUACAGAAGCUGUUACUGAUGAGAGCACUACAGAAGCAGUGACUGAUGAGAGCACUACAGAAGCAGUUACUGAUGAAAGCACUACAGAAGCUGUGACUGACGAAAGCACAACAGAAGCUGUAACUGAUGAGAGCACUACAGAAGCUGUUACUGAUGAGAGCACUACAGAAGCUGUGACUGACGAAAGCACAACAGAAGCUGUGACUGAUGAGAGCACUACAGAAGCAGUUACUGAUGAGAGCACUACAGAAGCUGUGACUGAUGAAAGCACUACAGAAGCUGUCACUGAAGAGAACACCACAGAAGCUGUUACUGACGAAAGCACAACAGAAGCUGUGACUGAUGAGAGCACUACAGAAGCUGUUACUGAUGAGAGCACUACAGAAGCAGUGACUGAUGAGAGCACUACAGAAGCUGUGACUGACGAAAGCACAACAGAAGCUGUAACUGAUGAGAGCACUACAGAAGCAGUUACUGAUGAGAGCACUACAGAAGCUGUGACUGAUGAAAGCACUACAGAAGCUGUCACUGAAGAGAACACCACAGAAGCUGUUACUGACGAAAGCACAACAGAAGCUGUGACUGAUGAGAGCACCACAGAAGCUGUGACUGAGGAGAGCACUACAGAAGCUGUUACUGAUGAGAGCACUACAGAAGCUGUGACUGACGAAAGCACAACAGAAGCUGUAACUGAUGAGAGCACUACAGAAGCAGUGACUGAUGAGAGCACUACAGAAGCAGUUACUGAUGAAAGCACUACAGAAGCUGUGACUGACGAAAGCACAACAGAAGCUGUAACUGAUGAAAGCACAACAGAAGCAGUUACUGAUGAAAGCACAACAGAAGCAAUUACUGAUGAAAGCACAACAGAAGCAGUUACUGAUGAGAGCCCUACAGAAGCUGUGACUGACGAAAGCACAACAGAAGCUGUGACUGAUGAGAGCACUACAGAAGCAGUUACUGAUGAGAGCACUACAGAAGCUGUGACUGAAGAAAGCACUACAGAAGCUGUCACUGAAGAGAACACCACAGAAGCUGUUACUGACGAAAGCACAACAGAAGCUGUGACUGAUGAGAGCACAACAGAAGCAGUUACUGAUGAGAGCACUACAGAAGCUGUGACUGACGAAAGCACAACAGAAGCUGUGACUGAUGAGAGCACUACAGAAGCAGUUACUGAUGAGAGCACUACAGAAGCUGUGACUGAUGAAAGCACUACAGAAGCUGUCACUGAAGAGAACACCACAGAAGCUGUGACUGAUGAGAGCACCACAGAAGCAGUUACUGAUGAAAGCACUACAGAAGCUGUGACUGACGAAAGCACAACAGAAGCUGUAACUGUUGAAAGCACAACAGAAGCAGUUACUGAUGAGAGCACUACAGAAGCUGUGACUGACGAAAGCACAACAGAAGCUGUGACUGAUGAGAGCACUACAGAAGCAGUUACUGAUGAGAGCACUACAGAAGCUGUCACUGAUGAGAGCACUACAGAAGCAGUGACUGAUGAGAGCACUACAGAAGCAGUUACUGAUGAGAGCACUACAGAAGCUGUGACUGAUGAGAGCACUACAGAAGCUGUGACUGAGGAGAGCACUACAGAAGCAGUGACUGAUGAGAGCACUACAGAAGCAGUUACUGAUGAGAGCACUACAGAAGCUGUCACUGAUGAGAGCACUACAGAAAUUGUCACUGAUGAGAGCACUACUGAAACUGUGACUGAUGAGAGCACUACAGAAGCUGUUACUGAUGAGAGCACUACAGAAGCUGUGACUGAUGAGAGCACUACAGAAGCUGUGACUGAUGAGAGCUCAUCAUCAUUCUGGACUCCUUUGACUAUUUCUUUGGUGGCAACAGGAUCGAUUAUAGCCCUUGUUAUAAUAAUUUUAAUAUCAUAUUGGUGUGGUAAGAGAAGACAAAAGAAAAGGGUUGCGGAAAUGUUGUACAUGGAUAUUGAGGAAAUGCCGAGGACUGUAUUUGUACCCAGAGUCAGGAGUGUAUAUUCUGAGUCUAUGACGAGUAGCAUUCGUUAUGCUAGAGACUAUUAAUACUCGUAAUUGUUACACAAAUAAGUAAUGUAAUUUUUGAAGACGAUCAUGAGAGAAAUGCCUCUACGAAAAAUUCCUUUCAAAAGCCCUGGUGACAUUCAAAUCUUCUUAAUACAUUUGUUUUCAGUAAAACCUUAAUAAAUUAUACACCUAUGCCUUCCUCAGGAAUUACAUUAUCUGUUGUUGAAAACCUUGUAAAUGUCCGUCUAUUAUUUGUUUAUAUAUAAGGAUUCGAAUUUUGCCUAUAAUUAUCCUUAAAAUUAUGAACAAUAAAAUUAAAUUAAAUGCGGUACUUAGAGAUAUUUAAAGGGAUAUUAUAACUUAUUUUCAUUUGUAAAUAUUAAAGUCAUAAGUAAUUGUUAAACUUUUGUUAAUCGUUUAUUAGUAAGAAAAUUUUGUAUUGACAAUUCACCUUGAAUUAAAUAUGUUUAAAAGUAAUUUACAGUUGCUUACGUAUGUAUUGAUUUGAUAUAAUCUAAACUUGUACAUUUUCAGUUAAACAAAAUACCUUAUGCUAAAAUAUAUAUGUAAGGGACCUUAACGCGGCUGGCGCUUAGGUCUUUAUUGCCGUUGUUCGAAUACAAAACAACGGCAAUAAUGGCGUAAGUGCCGGGCGCCAUAAGGUCCCUUUUGAUAUGGACGGCCACAUAUGAUUUGUUAUUGUAGAUAAUAAUAAUGAUAAGAUUGUCCAUUGUCUCUUCCUAGUUUAUUAAAACUGUUAAAAAUAGAUUAUAACUCAUA